CAUUCGUUCAGGUCAACAAAUCCAACGCACCGCAAUUGCCGAACCACGACGAGGCAGACAUCACCUGAUCCGUCAUCAUCAGGACCUUGCAAAGAUUCCUGGCCUCCCUGCCUGCGGAUGGGAAGGUGAUUUGGCCUGCCGCAGCUGGGCGGGGCAAGAUGGCGUGGUCCAGUGCGCUCGCUCAGUACGCUAGGACCAAGGACCUGAACACUCUACCCGAGGGCACUCUGCUGAGGAGCGAUGAGCAUACAUUGACCAUCUACGAUGGAUAUCCCAAGGCCAAAUUUCAUUUCUUGGUAUUGCCGCGAGUACCAUUCCAGCUUCAAUCGAGCGACUCGGAGGGGAGCGAGCCCAAAGACGCCUUUGAGCUUCUCAAGAAGGGACCUGCUUGUGUUCCGCCGAACCAUUUGUCCAACCUCAAAUCUCUGCUUUCCAGUCCGCACGCAUCAAGGGUGCUCGCCGCUCUUCGAAAAGCAUCCGAGGAGACUGUGCAGCUCAUCAAAGAGGAACAGCCCUACACGAAGCUAACAGAGGACCAAGUAGAAGCGGGUACGACGUGGCCUGUGCAUGUAGGGUUUCACGCCGUGCCGAGCAUGGAGCACGUCCAUCUGCACAUCAUCAGUUCCGAUCUCAUCUCUGAAAGGCUCAAGAACAAGAAGCAUUACCUCUCCUUCCAUCCCUCUCAUGGCUUCUGGCUACCCUUGACUCGCAUAGAGGAAAUGGUUCGCAAAGGGCAGAAAAAGUUACCUCAUGAUGAACGGUAUUAUGAGAAUCUGCUCAAGUCGACGCUGACAUCGUUCUACGAUGAGAGCGAGCACAGUCAUAUACCGAAGCUCAAAGCUCACCUCGAGACGAAGUGGAUCGAAGAUGUGCGGAGAAGGAGGGCCUCUGGUGAAGAUGAUGGUGGCAGCUCGAUGGAGCUCAAGCCGUCGGAGGCUCCCCGGCGGCCCGAGGGAGCUGAGCAGCGGCACGUCUCGCACAUCAACACAUCAGCUCGGCGCAGCGCAAGUCCAGCGGCAAAAAGUCUCAGGUAGGGGGAGUCUUCCCUAGGCAAGUCAGACCUCCCCAUUCGUGUACUUUAAACAUGUUGAGCAAUGGUCAGGACCAAUGAACGCCGAACGCCGCGUCCAUAGCAUCGAGGCAACCGCCUGAUAUUAGGGAGACCAGAUCUCAGAACAGUCGCGUGCGGUGCACGA